AUGGCCGUGAGAUUCGCUCAUCGAAUGUUACAUUUCAUUUUUCCAGAAAAUUGUUAUGAUGAAAUGUUGAUCGAAUUUAAUAUUUUCGACCGUCAGCCGUAUAAAUGUGAGUAUGUUAGGCAUUGUAUAUCACUGGUUAUUUCUCGCCUGCUUGGGCUUUUAAUCACAACUGGUUCUUUACUGCUUCUUGUGCCACAGAUUAUCAAAAUCCAUGUAGCACGUACUGGAUCUGGAAUAUCUCUCGCAUCUCAGCUGUUUGGACUUCUUGGAUGUUUCGCUAAUGCAGCUUAUAGCUAUAGAAGCGGUUUCAUUUUCAGUCAAUGGGGCGAUUCAUUCUUUGUUGGAAUACAAAUGGCCAUCAUAAUCAUGCAAAUACUCUUUUUUUCAAGGCGCUCAGCUCAUGCUUUUUUGUUCGGUAUCGUUUGUUUCGUGACGACAAUUGCGGUCGUGACUGAAUAUAUACCAUUCUCAUUUCUUACAGCAUUACAGGCUUGUACGAUUCCCAUUACUGUAGUCUCCAAGGCCCUUCAAAUAAAUUGUAACACGCAAGCUCAAAGUACGGGACAGCUCUCACUGAUUUCGGUCUCACUUCAGUUUGGAGGUUGUUUAGCGAGAAUAUUCACUUCAUUUAAGGAAACUGGUGAUCCUUUGGUGAUUAUCAUUUAUUUUAUUUCAUCAUUUAUGAAUGGGAUUAUUUUUGCUCAGAUAUUUGCAUAUUGGGGUGCCAGUAAGAAAAAAGAAGAAUAG